ACUGACGAGCCAUCGUAGCCAUCGGUCACUUGCACUCCCAUCCCCAGCAAAGUGUGCCCCAGGGGUGCAUUGAAAAGAGCGUAUGUGUAUUGUUUGUCUGGUCGCUCAAUAAAGACGAGAAACGGAAAAACGAAAAAACGCCGCUCUGCGAUCUCGCGAAUCGCCUCUACGAUGCGUACACAGUGCGAGGCUCCAGCAAUUUGAUAUUAGUAGCGAGAUUGUAUUCAUUAAUAUCAAAAAUGGACGCAAUACAAGAGUGAAAGGCGGCGCCCAACUACCAUGCCGAUGUCCCUUCAAACUGCCUCGAUUCCACCGCCGGCUGCUGUGCCUGCCACUUUGUCGGUCAGUGCAUCCGGCACUCAAAUGCCGCGCCCUCAGUCUCUGGCCGGUCCCGAGCGGGAGCCUAUCGAGUUUAACAUCAACCUGGUGGGAGCUCCUCCAGAAGUGGAGCAGCUGGUGGAGCAGAUCAAGAGCGUGGCUGAGCAGUUCCUCUACCACUGGAAGAGCUUCCCCAUUGUUUUGCCUCAGCCGCUGGCUAGCAGUGGUCUGAAUUUGACGGCGAGGAACGCCACCAAUAGCGUGAGCAGCCGCAAAACGCGUCCCAUUAAUCUGCGCGACCUCUUUAUAGCGCCUCCCUUUGACGAGCUGGACGCCGUGGCAUCUGACGGGAGUGGAGAGCCCCGCCGGCUGACGAGCGCCCAGCUGAAGACUCUGCGGGAAACUGGCUUGCAAAAGGAUAAAUAUGGAAAGCCGAAGAAAUUAACUUUGGAACAAUUGGAAACAAUACGUAAAAAUGGCGAGUUCGAUGUGCCCAGUCUUCACUUUCCUGGUCAGGUGCAUAAGUGGCGUCUGUCUCAACUACUCCAGAAGGGCAAGUUGCGGGCGCAAGACUCUUUUCUGAGCGAUCUGGCGCUGGCUGCCCGGUUCGUGGUGGUAACUGCCCGGGCUCGCAUACUCUCCCACUUCUUUUCGGUAGCGCAGGCUAUGCACGGCUUGUUGGAGGCGUUCACCAGACUUGCAGACAUGUUCAUUGGUGUGCCGGCUCUUUUGGCCCAUAACCUGGACUAUAAGAUUAAGGAGGAGCGUUGCCGAUUUCUCAUAGCCGAGCUGGUUUGUCGGUCCGAGUACGAGGACUGUUUGCACGGCCUGUGCUCCUAUGUCCGGAAGAUGCUGCGUCGCGCCACGAUGGAAAAAUUCGACUUCAACAGCUGCGAGGUCAGCCAGCCCGUGCCGUACCUAUUCCUCACGCCCAAGGGACAGGAUAUCGACUUGCGCCUCUUUUGUCGCGACAUUAUGCGCAAGGCACUUCCAAUUCUAAUUGGCAUUCUGGAGAGGGAGACGCGAGGCUGGUUUCUGCAUUUCCGCGAGCGUUUGAUUGCCGAGUUGCGGGCCAAGAAACUGAACGACAAGGAGAUCGAGGAGGAGGUGAACGAAGCUGUCAUGAAGGAGUAUCUGCAACGCGUCUAUAGCUCAAUCGUAUCCAAUGCGAAGCUGGCAGAGCUGGGAGCCGGAGUGCCGGAACUCCUGGUGCAGCAGGCACAGUCGGUGGUAAUCAUGUACAAGGCUGUAGACAAGGUGGAGCAGAAUAUCAAGCGGAUUCGUGAGGACCACAAGAAGUGUCUGGCCAACGACCAUUCCGUGUUGUCGCGCGUUGCUCCCUGGUUGCGCUCCAAGCUACGCCACGCUGAAGAGAAUCGCCUCCACAAAAGCGCCUGGUCAGCCCACGAGGAAGCGCUGAAAAUGUGCACCCAACAUAAUCUGCACCAAACAGCAUACUUCCUGUCCCGUGACCUGACCUUCAUGAAGGAACGCGAGCCAGUACUGCUUAAGGAGCUGAAGAACGCUAAGACUCCCACGCGCAGCUUUCAAUGGGCGUGUCGCAUUUGGUCGCCGCAGUCGUGGAUCAUCCGUCGCAACUUCCAGGGGCAGUCUGACGUGAUUCCCACUGUGAUUAGCCAGCAUGCCACUAGCAUUGUCACUCCCCGCUCGGAUCCUAGCCAGCCGGUGUUUCUGGUGGAAAAGGAGAUACUGCGCACAACAAGCACACGCUGGCCUUUCUGGCGCCUACUAAACAUGAUCCAGCGAAUCUGGUGCUGGUCUUGGAACAUGAUGUUCCUGCUUGGCAUACUAGUUCCGUGGUGCAGUCCACUCGGAUUGCGCGCCCUCUGCUGUGUGAAGCCUUUUAUGCCCGACCUUGAGCUGUCCCAAAUCAACGGCACUCUGUUUCCAAGAAAGACCAGCAUAACUCAGACUCUGGCGUCACGUCUAAUUGAGUUAUGGCGUCAUAUAUCAAAAUCGCGUACGCACUUUGAGACAGAACCUGACACGGGCUUUAUUGGAAAGGGACUGACACGAAAUCUGAAUCGAACUUGGAACUAUUUUAUAAAAGGAUUUCUAGGUACGAUCGUCAUUUUAUUCGCCUUCCCCCUCAUCUGUUUGGCCACUAGUUUGCUGAGCAUAAGUCUGGCUGUGACUGCGCCCCUAUGGAUUCCAGUGUUUGUACUCCUACUCCACAUCUACAUGAUCCUCAUAUAUGAUUUGGAUGCGCCUGAUAAUAUGAAGAAUCGAUACUGCAUCUUACUGGAAGCCAUAGUUUGGAAUCUUCUCAUACAGGGAUUGAUGCAGCCGGUGGCGGCGAUUCUAAUGGCCACGUUGAUCUGUCCAUUGGCAGCAGGAGUCGUUUUUAUAGUUGGAGUCGUUCGGUAUUCCGUACGGCUGGUGUGGGACUCUCUUACCUACCAUCUGUUCAUCAAGAAGUGUGGACGUGUACCGGCCUCGGAUAGCAUUGCUGUAAAACGAAUUGCUGGACCUGGACUGGCAUUAGACUAUUAUUUUAUAAUCAGACCAGAGCAGGCUUUGGCUGCGCUGGAGGCGAAAAUGGAACUGGACGAGUUGCAGGCCUACCAGCAUGCCACGGAACGAGUGGUUCUGCAGCCACAGCAGGACUUCCUCCAGUUUGUCGAGGCUUGCUUUGGGCCGUUUUCAGCCCAAAUCAGUAAAACUGGUCCAUACCUAUCGCUGGACCGGGAGGCGCACGAUCUGAUGAGUACGCUACACGAGAAGUUAGAGAAGCGACGAAGGGAGUUGCAGACCGCGCUGACCACCCAAGUCAAAUCGCGCAUAAAGUUAAAUACCAAAGAAUUAAAGAUUGCUAUACAACUGGCCGCCCAUAUUUUAGAGAAAUAUUAUCCGUCUCAUGUCAUCGGCAGACUGUCCAUUAGCGAAGAAGAAUUCUGGGAUAAUAAGGGUCUCACGGUAAACGACUGGCCGGGACUGGCUGGUCUUAUAUACACCGACAUAUUUAGUCUAGAUUUUCUAACGCCAUUGACUGAACACGAUACACAUUUUAAACUAGAACCACAUGCCUCGCUCGACCUGAUGCGUUAUACGGAGAUGGUGAAGAAUGCUAACGACGUAAUUGGCUCCAAGGGCUUGGAUCUGCUCGGCAAUGUGUACGCGCCGCGUGGCAACGUCCAGGUGCACCUGCCCUUCCUCGAAGUGACUGCAUUCAAUCCACGCUCCCGCAUAACGCUCACUUUUCGCAAACCCGAAAAAAGGGAUAUGUCUGUGGGAUUGACCACCCCGAGGGUCCGUGCCCACCGUGCCCAGCAUGUGCCGAAGACUUUACAAGAUGCCCAGAAGUCCUGGCGACCGUGGAAGCAGCAGUGCGAGGAGAAGAGCGUUACGGAAAACCUGCUCAUUCCGUUGCCAGUGCCCCAUCCCGUGCACAUUGCUAUUGCCAUUUACAAUCGCGACACCGAACAGCCCAUCCCCUUGGACUCGGAGUUGGUCUGGGAAAUCCUUAAAUCGAUAGAGGACUGCCAAGGCGGCGAUGCCAUGGCUGUCCAGGCUGUGGCGCGGUAUCGAGGAGCGGUCAUUGAAUCGAGCAAUGACUCCCUGGCUAGCAGCAGCAGCAUUGGCAGUACUCGCGACUCGGGCUCAGGUUCUGUUUCGGGCUCUGCAUUGGCCAACGGCACAGAAACCUUACCGUGCGGCAAUCGUGAGGUCUGCACCCAGGUCAAGGUGGAUACCGAACCGGCUGCAAGCUCCUCUGGUUUCCAUUGGACUCUAAGCAAUUGGGGCGCUGCGCAAACGGCACGACGCCGAACCAACUCGAAUGUUCGCGUGGACUUGGCCAGUCCCGAAGAUAUAUCCUUGGAUACGGAUAGUUCGCGUGCCGUUUUUAAUAACGCGUACGGUACAACUGUCUAAAAGGCUUCAUUGGCUUGGGCACACAAGAAUAUAUAAACCUAUCAACUCAUGUAGAUUUUUCGUGGCUGCUCGCUGUUAAGAUAAAAUUGUCUAACCCGUUUUAUCGAAUGAAAUCUCGAAUAUGGUCUUAGUAACGCGAUGUUUUAAAAAGGGAUCCGAUUGUUCAGAAAAUGAGUUCGAAUCUUAAUUUGAAAAAAAAUACAUCUAGAGAACUUUCGGCAGUGUACGGGAGCACUUGUGAACAAAUUCCAGGGAACAAUCGUAAAUACUUAAAAUGUUUUCCCCUUCUCAAUAUGAAAUCCAAGGCAGCCGCGCUAAAGUGUAAUAAGAACAAAUUUAUCUAACUAUAUUUACAGUAUAUGAUAUACAUAUAUGAUUCGGUAAUCUACACCGCAUAGGCAAGUCGAAUAGUAAAAAAUGCAAUCUAGUCGCAAGCAAAUUUUAUGCAGCAAUCUAAUUCGUUUUCUUAUGCAAUUAUAGGCAUAUUCUAAUCGAAGCUUCAUGACAGUUUUACAUCCGAGUUUAGUUUAUUGCGAUAUCCGUUCUAAAAGCAAAUACAGAAAAAUACUUAUUGAUUAGGUAUACAACAUAAGCCAUGAGAUUUUUCUUUGUACCUAACCAACAUAAACACAUUUAAGGUAAACUUCAUAUUAGAAAUAUACCACGAAUUGUACCAUGAGCAGUUAAACGAAUAUUGUUGAUUAAUUACUAAUUUAUUUAUAUACACGCAAACUAACAAAAUACUAAUGUUUUAUCGACUCCAAUACUUUUUCUUCCAAAUCCGAAACGCAAAAUAAUAAAAGUGAGUAAAACAAUGCAAUAGAAUUGCAAUGUUGCAAGAAAACAUCAAUCGAAAUCAUAGAUAACAGCAUUAAAAUAUUUCAGCGUGAAGAAUUUUUACAGAAAUAUAAUAAACAAGGCCAAGGAUAAAACAUUUUUACAUUUAUAUAUACGUAUUUAGAUCACAUAAUCGUAACAAAUAACUGUUGAUACCUUUGUAUCGAACAUUUUCCAACCUGGCUCACCAUGCUAAUUUCCAAUUCGACUCCAUCCCCAGAGCAACAUGCCCUCCAAGUAUUUCUCAUACAUAAUUGUGAACAAAAUAUGUUAACUGCCACAAAUAUAGGUAUUACUUUUUCUUCAAUCCACGCACUGCUCACUAUCAAUUCAACAUUUUAUAUCGCAUUGGCCGCCUCCAGUGUUAUAUUUAAGCCGUUUAACUGAUUUUGUAAACUUUGUAUUAUUUAAAUGUCGUAAUGCAAGCACCAGCAAUGGAAUGAAUCUUUACACACAAUAUACAAACAUUUACAUAAAUAUGUAGUUAUACAAAUUAACCGAUGGAAUCUCCGAAAACGGUAAAUCUCAUGAAAAUGCAUUCAACAAUUUUAUGUAAAAUGUUUCUUAAUAUUAAUGAAAAAUGUAUCAAUGAAUUAUGAAUGAAUGUGUGCUCUCAACUUUAUAAGCAAUGUUUAGAUGCAGGAAUUUGGAAAACAAAAAGUGUUACUAACGACGCUUGUAGAGUUGCAAGCACAAUAAUAGUUUAAUAUGUAAUAAAAAUGUUGGCUAAAAAUUAUCCACAUACUGUUUGUCUUUAUUUGGAAGAUUGUUUAUAUGCGGAAACCAAUGAAUGAAUAUA